AUGGUGUUCGGCCUGCCCUUCCUGGAGUUUUCCAAGCUUCAGCACGUGGAGCUGUUUGCUGGACAAUGUGCGGUCACGUGGUCAGAGCUGAAGGACGAGGGGCGCAAGGCAAUUGCGAUGGAUGUGGAAAUUGGGGGCGAGGUAAUGGACUUGACCACCAACGCGGGAUUUGUUGCUGCUCUUUACCACACCUGCAGACUAUCACCCGGCUCGGGGUGGCUGGCGGCUCCAGUUUGCUCUUCAUUCGUCUUUAUGUCGCAUGGAACGACAAAGCGGAGCGCUUCAAGACCACUGGGAGAAGAGUCAUAUCCCAGUGUUGCUCUGGGCAAUCUUUUGCUGGCCCGGACGCUGGUUAUCUUGAUGGUGGCCCAUGCUUUGGGGUGCAUGUGGAUUCUGGAACAACCGAAAGGUAGUGUGAUGGAACUUCACCCUCUUUUUCAAGAGAUGAUGGGCAAGCUCACCAUGUGGAAGCAUACAAUAUCCAUGGGGAGAUAUGGAGCUAAUUCUGACAAGCCAACAUGGCUUUAUGCGAGCCACAACUGUGUCGAAGACCUCGAAGACUUCAAGCCUAAGUGGCUUCCAGAGCGUGAGGAAGUCGAGAUGGCUGUUAUCUAUGAGGAUUCGAAAGGGCUGAAGCGGGUGAAAGGUGGACGCCACCUCAAAGCUUCCCAAGCUUAUCCAAUUGG